GGCCGGAAGUGACGCGUGUACGUGGCGCCGCCCCUUACGUCCCCUCUGUCUCUGGCGUGGCGGACAUGCUGCAGCUGCCAUAACCGGAUCCCGCUGCUGCCCGUUCCCGCCGCCGCCAUGCCGGCCUACUUCCAGCGCCCCGAGAAUGCCCUGAAGAGGGCGAACGAAUUCCUUGAAGUUGAGAAGCAGCCGGCUCUGGAUGUUUUAUAUGACGUGAUAAAAAGCAAAAAGCAUCGAACAUGGCAGAAAAUCCACGAGCCGAUUAUGCUGAAGUACCUGGAGCUGUGUGUGGAUCUCCGCAAGAGCCACCUCGCCAAGGAGGGUCUGUACCAGUACAAGAACAUCUGCCAGCAGGUUAAUAUUAAGUCUUUGGAAGAUGUGGUCCGGGCCUACUUGAAGUUGGCGGAGGAGAGGACCGAGGCCGCCAAGGAGUCUUCCCAGCAAAUGGUUUUGGACAUUGAAGAUCUGGACAACAUUCAGACUCCAGAAAGUGUCCUCCUGAGCGCGGUGAGUGGAGAAGACACUCAGGACCGGACAGACCGUCUGCUCCUGACACCAUGGGUGAAGUUCCUCUGGGAAUCUUACAGACAGUGCCUGGACUUACUGCGGAACAACUCUAAGGUGGAGCGCCUGUACCAUGACAUCGCUCAGCAAGCUUUCAAGUUCUGCCUGCUGUACACCAGGAAGGCCGAGUUCCGGAAGCUGUGCGACAAUCUGCGGAUGCACUUGGGUCAGAUCCAGCGACACCACAAUCAAAGCACGGCCAUCAAUCUCAACAAUCCAGAGAGCCAGUCCAUGCACCUGGAGACUCGGCUGGUUCAGCUGGACAGUGCCAUCAGCAUGGAGCUCUGGCAGGAAGCCUUUAAAGCUGUUGAGGAUAUUCACGGACUGUUCGCCUUGUCCAAGAAGCCACCGAAGCCUCAGCUGAUGGCGAAUUACUACAACAAGGUGUCCACCGUCUUCUGGAAGUCAGGGAACACCCUGUUCCAUGCCUCCACCUUACAUCGCCUUUACCAUCUCUCUAGGGAUAUGAGGAAGAAUCUCACCCCAGAUGAGAUGCAGAGGAUGUCAACCAGAGUCCUGCUGGCCACCCUCUCUAUCCCCAUAACUCCGGAGCGCACGGACAUUGCUCGGCUGCUGGACAUGGAUGGCAUUAUAUUGGACAAGCAGCGACGUCUUGCCACUCUACUGGGACUACAAGCGCCCCCAAACCGCGUCGCCCUCAUCAAUGAUAUGGUCCGGUUUAACGUGCUCCAGUACGUGGUUCCGGAGGUGAAGGAGCUGUACAACUGGCUGGAAGUGGAUUUCCAUCCCCUGAAGCUCUGUGGCCGCGUCACCAAGGUUUUGGACUGGGUGAAAGAGCAGUCAGAAAAGGAACCGGACCUUCAGCAGUACGUUCCCCAGCUACAGAACAACACCAUCCUGAGACUACUGCAGCAGGUAGCCCAGAUCUAUCAGAGCAUUGAGUUCUCGCGCCUCACGUCACUGGUGCCUUUUAUCGAUGCCUUUCUGCUGGAAAGAGCUAUUGUUGAUGCCGCCCGGCACUGCGAUUUGCAGGUCCGUAUAGAUCACAGUUCCCGUACACUAAGCUUUGGCUCGGACCUGAAUUACUCUACGCGAGAAGAUGCGCCACUCGGUCCUUUCCUGCAGAACAUGCCGUCGGAGCAGAUCCGGAACCAGCUGACUGCAAUGUCCUCUGUGCUGUCCAAGGCAGUGGCUACGAUUAAGCCUGCACAUGUCCUGAAAGAGAAGGAGGAGCACCAGCAGCUGGCCAUCACCGCUUUCCUGAAGAACUCCAGAAAGGAACAUCAGCGCAUCCUUGCUCGCCGCCAGACCAUAGAAGAGCGUAAGGAACGUCUGGAGAAUCUGAAUAUUCAGAGAGAGAAGGAAGAGUUGGAGCAGCGAGAAGCUGAGCUGCAGAAAGUGCGUAAGGCUGAGGAGGAGCGCCUGCGUCAGGAGGCCAAGGAGCGAGAGAAGGAACGUAUCCUACAGGAACAUGAGCAGAUCAAGAAGAAGACCGUGAGGGAGCGACUGGAGCAGAUCAAGAAAACUGAGCUGGGCGCCAAAGCGUUCAAGGACAUAGACAUUGAGAACCUGGAGGAGCUGGACCCUGAUUUCAUCAUGGCUAAACAGGUGGAACAGCUGGAGAAAGAGAAGAGAGAGUUGCAGGAACGUCUGAAGAACCAGGAGAAAAAGAUUGACCAUUUUGAGAGAGCCAAACGCUUGGAAGAAAUUCCCCUGAUAAAGAAGGCUUAUGAAGAGCAGCGGAUCAGUGACAUGGAGCUGUGGGAACAGCAGGAAGCUGAGCGGAUCAGUAGCCUGAUGUUGGAGCGGGAGAAGGCCGUGGAGCACAAGAACAGGAUGUCCAGGAUGAUGGAAGACAGAGAUCUGUUUGAGUCCAGGCUGUUAUCUGCCCGGCAGUCUGUGUAUGAGGAGAAGCUGAAGCAGUUCCAGGAGAGACUUGAGGAGGAAAGGAGAGCUCGCCUGGAAGAGCGCAAGAGACAGCGCAAGCAGGAGAGACGCAUUAACUAUUACAGAGACAAGGAGGAGGAGGAGCAGAGAAUAAAGGACGAAGCGGUGAAGAAAGAGCAUGAAGAGCGUGAGCGGAUUGAGAACGAGAAGCGAGAAGUCGAGCAGCGAGAAUACCAGGAACGCAUCAGGAAGCUGGAGGAGGUUGAGCGAAAGAAGCGCCAGCGAGAGCAGGAGAUUGAAGAGCGGGAGCGGCGGCGUGACGAAGAGCGCAGAGGCGGUGAUGAUUCUUUCAGAAAGGAAUCCUCCCGCUGGGGUGACAAAGAAGCUGACAGCGGAUGGAGACGGGGUGCAGAUCCGGCAGAGGAGCGCAAACUUGCUCCACCCGAUAGGGAAUGGCGCAGGGCCGGUCAAGACCCAGAAAAAACAGAGAUUGAAGAUAAUGCCCCAGACCAAGAAGAAAUCCCUAGUUUCAGAAAGGAUGCUGAAAGUGUGCCGUCUCGUUUGGAUGAGGGCAAAGCACGAUUUGGUGGUGAUCGUACACCACCGCGCCGGGCUCAGCUGGAAGAUAAAGUCCCAAAACGUGAAACUGAAGAGGACAAAGUGUCAUGGAGAGGUUCAGAAGAUGAUCGUGGCCCUAAGCGUGGCAUUGACGAGGAUCGUGGCCCUAGGCGUGGCAUUGAGGAGGAUCGUGUCCCUAAGCGUGGCAUUGAGGAGGAUCGUGUCCCUAAGCGUGGCAUUGAGGAGGAUCGUGUCCCUAAGCGUGGCAUUGAGGAGGAUCGUGUCCCUAAGCGUGGUAUUGACGAGGAUCGUGGCCCUAGGCGUGGCAUCGACGAGGAUCUUGGCCCUAAGCGUGGAAUUGAUGAAGAUCGUGGUCCAAGGAGGGGCUUUGACGAUGACCGCGGUCCGAGGAGGGGCUUUGACGAUGACCGCGGUCCGAGGAGGGGCUUUGACGAUGACCGCGGUCCAAGGAGGGGCUUUGACGAUGACCGCGGUCCGAGAAGGGGCUUUGACGAUGACCGCGGCCCCAGGAGGGGCUUUGACGAUGACCGCGGUCCCAGGAGGGGCUUUGACGAUGACCGCGGUCCCAGAAGGGGCUUUGACGAUGACCGCGGUCCCAGGAGGGGCUUUGACGAUGACCGCGGCCCCAGGAGGGGCUUUGACGAUGACCGCGGCCCCAGGAGGGGCUUUGACGAUGACCGCGCCCCGAGGCGGGGCUUUGACGAGGAUCGUGGUCCCAGGAGAGGGUUUGAUGAAGAUCGGGGGCCACGCCGGGGCUUUGAUGAAGACCGGGGGCCACGCCGGGGCUUUGAUGAAGACCGUACACCUCGCAGAGGUUUGGAUGAAGAACGUGCGUCAUGGAGAAGUGGGGAUGACGACAAAGGUCCCAAGCGAGGCGGCGAUGAUGACAGGGGUCCCAGAAGGGGCGGUGAUGACGACGAUGGCCUAGUAGCCUGGAAACCUUAUGUGCCAACUCGUCCAGGGGGCUGGCGUGAUCGUGAAAAGGCCCGUGAGGACAGCUGGGGCCCACCCCGGGAAACACCGACUUCUGAAGAUCGCGAGCCUGCCUCCGAAGAGAAACGGCCAGUCAAAGAGGAAUCGGCCUGGAGACGUGGGGGAGAGAGGCUGGCACCCAGUGACCAGGACAGAGAAGAAAGUGAAGAGAGAGAUGACCGAAAGCGACCCUUGAAGACAGACCAGGCGGAGCCGAGCCCAUGGCGGAAAGCAGAUGAGAGUGAUGAGCGCAGCACUCCGCGCCGAGCACCACCAGUGGACAAGGAGAAAAGUUCAUGGCGCACAGACAAGAAAGAGGAAAAGGAAAUGCCACGUCGCGUCAGACUGGAGACAGAUGAUGAUGGGUGGACGACUGUGCGCCGCUAGGACUAAGCGCUCCCCAUUUGCAGAGCAUUAUGGGCCGUAUGUGCGAUGUGGAGCUGCGAUGAUUGCAUGGAGCAGAAGAAUACGAUCAUGUGGCUCCUGGAUAAACGACUUGGUAUCUAUUAUUUGACAUCAUUUUACAUAAGACGAGAGGGUUCCUAGAUAUGCUAUACAUGUAUCAGCAAGAUGGUCACCCGUCGGCGCGUUCCACCCGCUGCAUCAGCUCUUCAUCCCCAACCUGAGGAAAAUGUAGUUUGCCUGGUUUUAGCUUUUCUUCUCCUUUUCCUGAUUUCUCUCCUCGUUGCUGUGUGACCUCGCUGGGUGUAUCCGCCUAAUACGCACUUUCAGGUUUGGUCAACACGGGAUUUACUGCUGCUGCUUAUUCCAUUAAAAAUAAAUAAAACCUCGGCAAUA